AAGACAAUGAAGAAAUGCCACAAGGAAAUUGUGAAAAUCCCGACGCUGCACCAGAUGAAGUAAAGUCCAAGAACGCCAGAAGUGUUACACUCCCCAGUGAGUACACCUAUGCGAGGCCCAACGUCAAGAGAGAACUGAAGAUAUCAGGUAGCCGUUUGGUGACCAGAGCAGCAACAAUGAUGGCACAACAAGACGACACAGGCAGAAAACCAAAUGACGAGAACGAUGAGAAUCCAUAUGGUUUACCAGAUGAGAACAAAACGAAGACGACUCGCAAUGCUCCUCCAUCACUACCUCCACCAAAUGCACAAGAUUCUCGCACCCAACCAGAACAACACGAUCAGUCUAACGCAGACAGAUCUGCCGGUAAAAGUGAUUCAUCUAUCUCUCCCAACCAUUUCACUACAGUAAAAGACACAUACGCUGUUGCCAAUAAACAAUCUAAGAAGAAAAAGUCGACCGUGUCACACAUGUCAGUUGGUGACAGUGAAUACGCUGUUGCCAACAUACAAGCAAAAAAGAAACAGUCGACAGUCUCACAUAUGUCAGUUGGUGACAGUGAAUAUGCUGUAUCGAGCAAGCGACCAUCAGGAAGUCCAAAAUCAAACCGAAAACCUGCAGUCGCAUCCGAACCAAAGCAUUACCAGACGGAAGGGACCGAAUAUACUGUAUCCGCAAAGUCUCGAUCUUUGCCUCGCGAUGCAAUGAAUGCAACUGCUUCAUCGGUUCAAAAGAAAGGAAAGUCUGACGUGAAGUAUACAGACGUGGAGAUUAUACCGUCGGGAAACGAAGCGACACGUGACGUCUGAAGAAAACGUGGAGUACGCCACUAUUG